CGUCUUCCCGGGAAAGAAUAUAAAUAAGGUGCAGAACUCUCCGACUCCCACCGCAGCAGGAGAGAGAGAGAGACGGGGGGGAAGAGAGGAAGGUUUGGCUUAACGGUUGGUUCAGCGUAAAUGGCAGCGGCAUCUUCUUUGGUGAAGCUCGACGCGUCGUCGUCGCAAUGGUUGGGCGUGAGGCCCAUCCAUCGUCAGUCAUUCCGAUCCCCCCGACGGGUCUGCGCCUGUAUCAGGGCCGCCGGCUCCUACACCGACGAGCUCGUCAAUACCGCGAGUACCAUUGCGUCAUCUGGACGUGGUAUUCUUGCCAUAGAUGAGUCUAACGCAACUUGUGGAAAACGACUUGCUUCAAUCGGUCUGGAGAAUACUGAAGCCAACAGACGGGCUUAUAGGCAGCUUCUGCUUACCACUCCCGGACUUGGUGAAUAUAUUUCUGGCGUCAUUCUUUUUGAGGAGACUCUGCACCAGUCUACCACGGAUGGCAAAAAGUUUGUGGAUUGCUUGCGUGACCAGAAAAUUGUGCCAGGAAUUAAAGUCGACAAGGGUUUGGUUCCUCUGCCAGGGUCCAACAAUGAAUCUUGGUGCCAAGGCUUAGAUGGUUUGGCUUCAAGAUCUGCUGAGUAUUACAAACAGGGAGCUCGUUUUGCAAAAUGGCGAACUGUAGUCAGCAUUCCAUGCGGCCCAUCCGCCUUGGCUGUUAAGGAAGCUGCAUGGGGACUUGCACGCUAUGCUGCUAUUUCUCAGGACAAUGGUCUUGUGCCAAUUGUGGAACCUGAGAUUCUUCUUGAUGGAGAUCAUUCUAUUGACAGAACUCUUGAAGUGGCAGAGCGGGUCUGGAGUGAUGUUGUCUAUUACCUGGCAGAUAACAACGUCUUGUUCGAAGGAAUACUGUUGAAGCCCAGCAUGGUAACUCCCGGUGCCGAACACAAGGAGAAGGCAUCUCCAGAAACGAUCGCCAAAUACACACUGAUGAUGUUGAACAGGAGAAUACCACCGGCUGUUCCUGGAAUCAUGUUCUUGUCUGGAGGUCAAUCAGAGGUGGAGGCAACGCGUAAUUUGAACGCCAUGAAUCGGUCGCACAAUGCAUGGCAUGUUUCGUUCUCCUAUGCACGCGCUCUGCAAAAUUCGGUGUUGAAGACAUGGCAGGGCCGGCCGGAAAACGUGGAGGCAGCGCAGAAGGCUCUCCUGGUGCGGGCCAGGGCCAACUCUUUGGCGCAGCGUGGCCUCUACACCAGCGAGGGGGAGAGCGAGGAAGCCAAGAAGGCAAUGUUCGUGAAGGGCUACACUUACUGACAACCCCAUCUUCUCUUUUCUGACAUUUUGAACAUUCAAAACAUGAAAAUUUGUGUAAAAAUAAAACUUCUAUGGCCGCCUGAAUUUUUUUUUUUUUAUAAAACCACCAAGUUUGUCUUC